GGCUGAUCAUCACCACGCCCUAGAUUUGUGCAUUACCUCUGCUCUGGGAUGUAGGCGAGACCACUCCUGUUCCCAGCUUCCUUGCAAAUCCCACCUAGAGCCGGCCAUUGUGCAGCUGGUCUACCUCCCCUUUCCUGUAGGUGGAGUUUCCCUAGGAAAUGGCCUUGGCAGGAAGCUGUAGGGCGAAGUCUGCAUUUCUAGGGGGGCAGAAUACACGCUUUCUGCUCUUUCCAAGCCCCCAGCUCAGGGGGGGUUGAGCGCUAGCAAGAGAAGCAGCUGUACAAUCGCUGGCAUUAUCUGGAGAGUCUGAUUUUCCUGCAGCAGAAAGGUAGAAAUGGAUCUUGCCUCUAAGGAAGGCUUUGUGUUCUUUUGGAGUCUUUAGACCUUUAGUCAACUUUCAGACCAACCCCACGUACAGAGGGGUUGAAAUUUGCAAUGCCACCAUUCAGAAGAAUGUCCUUGGCGUUAUGUGUUCCGAUAUUGUGCUCCUUUUUUCUGCUGAUGGAUUGUCAGGAAGUUUCUACAUUCACCAUGCAGUAUCAGAUUCUGGAGGAAGUACAGCCUGGGACUGUUCUGGGAAGGCUGUCGGAAGAAAUUGGCCGGACAGAGGGCAGUUGGGGAACCUUUCAGCUGCUUCAGUCUUCUGCGGUGUUUCCCAUACAGAUGGACUCUCGAGACGGUUUGCUGAGCACCACAGGGAGGCUGAACAGGGAGCAGCUCUGCCACCACAGAGACCCGUGUGUCCUCUCAUUCAGCGUUCUAGCGGCCCAAUACUUCACCCUGAUCCAUGUGGAGAUCCACGUCUUGGACAUCAACGACAAUGGGCCUCGGUUUCCUCAAGUGGCACUGGAGCUGGAGAUAUCUGAAAGUGUAUCUUUACAGACUCGAAUCCCUUUGGGCCGAGCCCUGGACCCAGAUGCUGGCUCUAAUGCUUUCUGUUCCUACUUCUUGUCGCCCAGUGAGCACUUUGCCUUAGAGGUCACAGCCGGUUCUGACGGAACUCAGCAGGCAGAGCUGGUGGUCAUUAAAGAAGUGGACCGGGAGCUCUACUCCUCGUUUGAGUUGGUCUUGACUGCAGUUGAUCAUGGAGUGCCCCCUAGAUCUGGGACCACUGUUGUGACUGUGCAUGUGCUGGACUCCAAUGAUAACAGCCCCACGUUUGCCCAGGGUUCUGUGUCGGUGGUGAUCAGGGAAGAUGCUUUACCCGGGACUUUUCUGAUCAACCUCACUGCCACUGAUCCUGAUCAAGGACCUAACGGAGAGAUUGAAUACUCCUUCAGCAAACAUGUUUCAGAGGAGGUGCUAAGAACGUUUGCUGUGGAGCGUCACACAGGCAGUGUCCUUUUGCAGCAGUCACUGGAUUAUGAGAAGAACUCAGCCUAUGAGUUGGAGGUGCAAGCCAGAGACCAGGGUGCCAACUCCAUUCCAGCUCACUGCAAGCUCUUCAUACGUGUUCUGGAUGUCAAUGACAAUACGCCUGAUAUCCAAGUCACCUGGGCAAAACAAGCAGCCGUACUAUCAGAAGCUCAACCCCAGGGCAGCUUUGUUGCUCUAGUGACAGCAUUUGACCCUGAUUCAGGCCGUAAUGGGCAGGUGGAUUGUUAUAUCAGGCAAGGUGAAGAACACUUUGCCUUGAAAAGGUUCUCGCCCGGCAGCUACAUGUUGCUAACAAAUGCCCCCUUGGACAGGGAGAGCUGGACACAGCACCACCUGACCUUGCUGGUCCAGGACCGAGGGACCCCAUUGCUGGCCACAACCAGACAUUUCACUGUCCAUGUCAGUGAUGUCAACGACAACAUGCCCUACUUUGAAACAAACCAUUAUCAUGUUUCCAUUGCAGAGAACAGUGAGCCGCCUUCUGUUUUAGUUAUGGUCAGGGCCCAAGACGCAGACUCAGGCCUUAAUGGGAAAGUUGUGUACAGAAUCCCAGAUCCACUAAUUCUAGAGUGGCUCGCUAUUGAUGCCAGCACUGGGGAAAUCAGGGCCCAUGCGGCUUUUGAUGCCGAGAAGAUUACCAGCCUUGACUUCCUUGUAAUAGCAGAAGAUAUGGGCCAGCCUCAGCUAUCGGCCAACGUUUCCGUGACGGUCACUGUGCUUGAUGUGAAUGACAAUUCCCCAGUGGUAAUAAAGCCAGAGCUGGAAGGUGGCCGUGCAAGUGUCACUGCCCUUGUGGAUCCUGACACUGGACAUGUGCUGGUGCCCAAGGAAGAAGGGAGCUCCGAACUAGCCGCCUCGCUUAAUGCACCCCUUCUGCUCACUAUACUGGCAACCGAUGCAGACUCCGGUCUGAAUGGGACAUUGCUCUACAGCAUCCUGAGUGGCAACGAAGCCGGAAUCUGUGUCCUUGAUCCCCAGUCUGGGCAGCUUUAUCUGAAUGGUAGCAAUGCUAGCAGCCUUUUGGGCAGGGAAUGGGACCUGGUGAUAUCUGUGAGUGACCGAGGCCCGGUGCCACUCUCCACCAGAUUUCUGGUGAAGAUCACAUUCAAGAGGCAUUGUGAGCGCAUGCCUGAUUCUUUCCCCGUGUCCCAGCCCCUCAGCCCCUCUGUGGUGACGGGGAUCUGCCUUCUAGGGUUGCUUGCCAUCUCUUUGGUAGGCUUGGGGCUGAUUAUGUCCCUGUGCAAAAGGGAGAAGCACGGCAGCAUGGCAUAUAACUGUCGGGAAGCAGAGCAGGCUUACAGCCAACAGCAGCCGAAGAAACCCCCCAAACCCAUCCAGAAAGCAGACAUCCAUGUCGUGCCUGUGCUGCGGCAGGAGGAUGCCCAGCAGCCUCCGGCUGAGAUAGAGAAUCCAUCGGAAGCUGCCUGGCUUAAGGCCUUGGGGGUGCCAUGCCACAUGACCCCCACUCUGUACAGGACCCUCAGGAACCAGAGAAAUUCCAGCAGCCUUGCUGAGCAGGCUCCUUGCUAUGCUCAAAGGUUCAGAAGCCCCAGCGCCCGGGAUGUGCAGCCCACGGAUAAAAAACUGCUCGACUCCAUCUUCUGGCCUAAAGACCACUUGUCGGAAAAGGCGAAGGCAGGUCCAGAGGAGGCUCCUAGUCGCCAGCACAUCUUGAGAAGCCUUGUGAGGCUUUCUCUGGCAGCUCUUGCUGAGCAAGGCCCUGGAGGACAACUAGCCAUGGAAUCUGCCCCCGUCCAGGUAAGAGACUUCAGGACGGGAAUAGGGUGGGUUGUGGGAAAGGGGUAGGUGCCACAGAAUAGGGAUAUAUAGUAAUACAUCUCUUAUGCGUGGUGAUGUGUAGUUGGCUAUUGAAAUAAAAAUAAAUUAUAUUAUGCUUCCUUUUCAGAUUCACAUAAUUUUGUUUUCAAAGUGGUAGACAAGGCUCCAGAUGCCAGCAAAUGGAUAGGCUUACUGAGGACAGCUGGUUUUCUUCUACUCUUUUUGCCUAACCUUGUAAAACAGGUUCAUCUAUUAAAUAUGGCUGAUGGAGCGAGGAAAGAACAGGUCCUUCUGUUCAAGAAAGCCGUGACAAACUAGUCAGUAGGAUCUGGCAGAAUUGUAUUUUUGCACCUGUUUCUGUGUUUUCUUUAUCUGAGCAGUAAACACUUUCCACAGAAGUAGCAGGAUUUAUUUCUACCCCUCCAGUGUUGCUUACAGGGCAGUCCUGUGCAGGAGGUUUACUCGGAAGUUAUGUCCCAUGGUGUGUAACGGGGAUUGCUCUGUAUUACGUGUCUAGGAUUUCAGCCUCAGAUACGUCGCUCAGGUUUUACAAAUCACUUUCCACAUAAGUCAGUCUAGGGGCAGCUUCUGUUUUGUAACUUCCUGCCACUUCACCUAUCAUCCUUUUAAUCUGUAUAGUGACAGAUCCCAGAGAGACGAGGGACGAAAGGAAUUGGGAGCCCAGGCUUCAAAACACUUAGCUAUGGCACUGCUUGGCUACAUCUUUGAGCUGCCAGUGGUGGGCAAGGGGUGAGAUUUAGUUCCUCCGCUGUUCUAUUCAGGGUUGCUAGAUUUAUAAGCAGUGCCAACCUACGUAGGCUUGCAACUAGAGUGUGCAUUAGAAAUUACUCAGAGGAAACUGUCCAACUUGGCAAGUUCAGCACCAUUCAAACCACUGUAACGCUGCAGCGGUUGUCAGCUUUGCAUGAUGGGUGGUAGCUGCUGUGAGUAAACAGAAAUGCAGAUAGACACAAAUGGCUUGUUUUCUUGCAGAGAGGGGAAGAGCACUAGACAUUAUAAAUAGCUCAAGCGGAGCAUAGGGGAGUGGGGAUAUCCUGUUAGGAAACAGCUCUGGUCAGGAUUGUAUGCGGAUACCGGCUCUUCCUGUCUUUCAGCAAAUCUCGCAGUUGUUGUCUCUGCUGCAUCAGGGCCAAGUGCAGCCAAAGCCCAACCACAGAGGGAACAAGUACACUGCCAAGAAUGCUUCUUGCAGGUGAGUUUUGUGCAGCUUAUAUGCCCAACCUUGUAAAGCAGCUUUUCUCCUUCACUGGAAAUGAUUGGCCUAUCCCUCAUGUCCUGUAGAAACUUGUCUCCCUAUCACUGGUGUUAGGUUUGCCCACUGUUUAAUAGGUCCUGUACCUUUAAAGAUAAGGGAUGCGGGUGGCACUGUGGUCUAAACCACAGAGCCUAGGGCUUGCUGAUCAGAAGUCAGCAGUUUGAAUCCCUGAGACGGGGUGAGCUCCCAUUGCUCAGUCCCUGCUCCUGCCCACCUAGCAGUUCGGAAGCAUGUCAAGGGUAAGUAGAUAAAUAGGUACCACUCUGGUGGGAAGGUAAACACCAUUUCAGUGUGCUGCUCUGGUUCACCAGAAGCGGCUUAGUAAUGCUGGCCACAUGACCCGGAAGCUGUCUGCAGACAAAUGCCGGCUCCCUUGGCCUAUAGAGCAAGAUGAGCACGCAACCCCAGAGUCAUCUGUGACUGGACCUAACGGUCAGGGGUACCUUUACCUUUAAAGAGCCAGGCACUUUUGCUGAGAGGAAGUCUUCAGCAGAGGUGUAGCCAGUUCCUACAUUUUUUUAAAGAGUCGACUGAUAAUGUGCUGAAUGUAUAAAGAACUGAAUGUCUAAUGCUUCUCUUAUAAUGAAGGUUGUGUAAGGCAUAGUACUGUGGUUUUGUUUAUUAACAGUUAAUGCACGUUCUCUCUUAUCCACUGCUGCUGUUGGGCAUAUCCCCUUAGGCUUGUUACUGUGGGAUCUCUGCAAAGCGCAGACUGAGGACAAUGGAAGGGGCAGGCACCCUGUGUUGGGUGAAGGCCCAAUCACCUAAGAUGCUUCUCCUUUUCCACAGGAACCCCAAUUCAAAUGUUGAGGAUCUCAUCACCAAGGAGGGCAGCGGCUGUGAACAUCACGACUGGGAGCUGCUGGGAAAGGAGCUAGGGAACCUACUGGACUGCCCAUCUGGUGAGAUACCAUCACUCGUGUCUCCUCCGUCUCAGUGGUGCAGUCUCUGAAGCUGUAUCCUAGCUGAUCUUAUCCUUUCACGGGCCCAUCACGUAAUAGCUGACUAGGCACCCUUAGAGACUACCUAUGCUACCCAUUGCUACCUAGGAAAAGACACAGGAAGAGUAGUGCAUUGCUGGGAUCCUCUUUCUAGUGAUCAAGGUAGAAUAACAGAAUUAUAUAAAGUUGGAAGGGUAGCCCAACCCCUUGCAAUGCAGGAGUCCCAUCUAAGGCAUCCAUGACAGAUGGCCAUCCAACCUCCAAGGAAGGAGGUAGACAGGCUUAUCUAUUUAUUUAAAAUACUCCCUUUUUCUCCAAGCUCAAGGUAGCAUACAUGGUUCUCAUCCUCUUCAUUUAAUCUCCACAACAAGCCUAUGAGGUAGGUUCAGCUGAGAGGCAGUGACUCGUUCAAGGUCACCCAGUGAGCUUUAGGGAUUUGAACUCUGGUCUCCCAAGUCUCUGUCCAUCACUCUAACCCAGGCAUAAGCAAACCCUGGCCCUCCAGAUGUUUGGGACUACAAUUCCUAUCAUCCCUAAGAGGACCAGUGGUCAGGGAUGAUGGGAAUUGUAGUCCCAAACAUCUGGAGGGCCGGAGUUUGCCUAUGCCUGCUCUAACCACUAUACCACACUGGCUCUCUGCAUAAAAUCCUGAGUACAUAAUUCAUUCUGCUUCCGCUAGAAAUGGAAGGGGCAGCAGUUAGGUCAACCGCUGAUGAACAACAAAAAUCUUAUUGUGGUGUCCCCCCGACUCACAAAGCAUUGGAAACAUUAAGGGGUAGAAAUUUGAUUUUGAUUUUAAAAUGAGUAAUGAGAUUAACAUGAUGCAGAGUUUUGAAAUCGGUACUCACAUGGAAUUACAGGACUCGUGUAGCCCCGAGUCUAUCCUUAUCAAUGAAGCCUAAUUUAUUCUUUCCCCCACCCCGUAGGGCUGGAUCUUGAUCAGCUGAACGUGGAAGACCCAGCAUGGAUGGCGAGGCUGUCCUUUCCCAUCUCAACUGACUACAAGGACAAUAUUGUCUCACCAGGGGCACUGCCGUCUCCACUGAGCGAGGAAACCACAGGCAGAGAUGAACCUCACACUUUUGCAACCUUUGGCAAAGCAGCUGGGCACAAGCCAAACUCAGAAGAGCCCCGGCUCUCCAGUACCUUCCUCUCAGAGAUGAAUACACUUUUUGAGAAGAUCUUGGCUCAGAAAGUCAGUCCCCAGGUAGAUUGAUGAUUGGGGCUCUUGAGCAACUCUCAGAAUGUAGCGAGCCCCAAGAUCUGACUAGAGAUGAUGUGGGGGCUGAAACGGACAGUGCUUUGGGCAACAGAACUGGCAAUUGCAGUAGCAAGGAGACCUUCACCUCUUCCGGAACAGCUACUAGCGGCCAGUCCUCUUUGUUCUUACCACAUCCCUGCUGCAGGAAAUCAGCAUACCUCUAUGGGACAAUGAAAGGCAAACUGGAGCAUGGCUCCCUGCCCACCCCCUCCCGGCCACUAUUUAAUUAUUUUGAAUUGAGUGCGAGCAGGAGCUAAGGUAAGGAAAUGCUGCUUCUUGGUCAGGCACUGAGUCUCCAGCAGGUGCUUCUUACCUAUUACCAGGCUUUAAUACAACAAUGAAAUUUAGAAGCUGCUGCUUGAGUCCGUUAUUUAUUUAUAAUAAAAAUAAAACUCUCAGGAACC